AUGAUUGGUGGUGUUCAAAAUUUGGAACAAACUGAAAAGCUUGCUGAUGAAGAUUUCACUUUCGAGAAGCAGCAGGAACAUCUUUUGAUGAGUAAACUUGCAGCACACAGCAAAUUACCAGUGAAACCACAAAGUGCGUUUCUGCAGAAGAAAUUACAGCAGCAAAGAAAAUUUUUUGAUUCUGGUGACUAUGCAAUGAAUAAACAAAAAACGAAUAACCCAUCAGUGAACUUGUCAAAUGCCAAUUUACAAAACGUUGCGCAUAGAUCUAAUUCACUUUCUUCAGCCAUGCAGGAAGUGGAUACACCGCUUAAAAUUGAUGUUUCACCGACAAUAAGGGAUGAAUCAUUGCUAAUUCCUCGCCCAGACACAGUCCCACAGCGUAAAUCAUCGAUUAUUUACCCAUCUGUACAUAGCAAAUUAAGUCCACAACCAUAUAUCCAUCAUUCAACGCAUGAUAGCGAUCUUCUUCCAGGACCCUGA